AUGGGAGACAAACAGACAUUCACAAAACUGAAUGCUUUCUUUCAAAGACAAGCAAGAAAAGAUAAAGAAAGAUACCUCAAAGAGGAAUGUCAGAAAAUAGAGGAAGAUAAUCAGAAAGGGAGGACUAGAGAUCUAUUUAAAAAAAUCAGAGAAGUAAAAGGUAAAUUCACAUCGAAGACAGGAAUACUAAAGGAUCAAGAGGGAAGGAGUCUAUCGGAAGGAGAAGAGAUAAAGAAAAGAUGUAAGGAGUAUACAGAAACACUCUAUAGAAAAGAUCUCAACACGAUUGAAAUUGUUGAAGAAAAGGAAUUAGAACAGGAACCAGAUAUAUUAGAAAGUGAAGUUCAAUGGGCCCUAAAAAGGAUCGCUAACAAUAAGGCUACAGGAAUAGAUGGAAUACCAGUUGAGUUACUCAAGAAUAUGGGAGACACUGCAGUCAAAACGCAAACUGCAUUAUGUCAGCAGGUAUGGAGGACUUUACAAUGGCCAACCGACUGGAAGAGAUCAGUUUAUAUACCAAUACCGAAGAAAGGAGACACCAGAGAAUGUUCCAAUUAUCGCACGAUUGCCUUAAUAUCUCAUGCUAGCAAAGUAAUGCUGAAGAUUAUACAAGCGAGAUUACAACCAUAUAUGGAAAGAGAGUUGCCAGAUGUACAAGCAGGAUUCAGGAAAGGAAGAGGCACAAGAGAUCAAAUCGCUAACAUUCGAUGGAUAAUGGAGAAAGCAAGAGAAUAUCAAAAGGAAUUUUAUUUCUGCUUCAUCGAUUAUACAAAAGCUUUUGAUUGUGUCGAUCAUGAUAAGCUAUGGGAAAUUCUGAAAGAAAUGGGUAUUCCUAAACAUCUCAUACACCUUAUGAAGAGCUUGUAUGAAAAUCAAGAAGCAACAGUUAGAACAGAACAUGGAGAUACAGAAUAG